AUGGUUCUUCAAACAGUUUCAAGGAUAUUUUAUAGUCAAACAGCAGCUAAUCAGGUUAAUGUAGAAUAUCAAUUUGUUACUAGUGAAGUGCCUGGAGGCUUUUUUGGUUCAAGAUAUAAUGAUUAUUUUAGCGUCAUUCUACGCUCAGAAACAGGACAAUAUGCUAUGAAAAGUGAUAGCAUGAAUGGUCUUGGCAUUACAGAAUUUGACAAUUCGACGGGUGCUUCGAAAUGGUAUAAAAUUACUCUACCAGUUCAAUCGAAUCAGGAAAUGUUUCGAUUAGAUCUCAAUGUUGCUAAUGUUUGGGACGCUGGUUUCGAUUCUCAAGUAAAUGCUCGGCUUCUAACCUCUGAACAAUGCACUAGUUGUGAACAAAGUUGUACGAGUUGUACCACAGAUCCAAUCUGUCGAGACGUAUGUUUAAAUCCACCAAUAGACAGUUGUUUGUUUUAUCGUGAGUAUCGAAAUAUAUUUAUUCAAACAUUGAAAGCCGAGCCGCAAUGUAUUUCAACUAUAUUGAGUAACAUCCUCGAUGCAAUGCCGAAUGUAUCUAGUCCAGUUAGAAAUGCAUUAUCAAUUGUUUAUCAUUGGUUACAAUCAUUGUAA